UUCUCCAAACCCACUAGUGAGGACAGGCAAGUCAUAGUUUAAAAUAGCUAAGGGUAUUUUUUGUUCUAUAAAAACACCUAUCCAUAACCACUUUUACCUGUUUCUAUAAGCGCAGUGUAUAACUGCAAAUUACUCGAAUCAAAAGCUUAUUUUGCACCCACCCAAAAAAAAAGUUCAUCAAUGACUGAGCUAGAGAGCCCAAAUGUGAUGCCCAAGUUCAUCACAUUUCUCUCUUCUCUGCUUCAAAGGGUAGCUGAAUCCAACGAUCUCAACUCCCAAUUUCAGCCCCAGAAAUUUUCAGUUUUUCGUGGACUCACUAGACCCACCAUUUCGAUUCAGAGCCACCUAGAGAGGAUCUUCAAGUAUGCGAAUUGUAGCCCAUCUAGCUUCAUCGUAGCAUACGUUUAUCUCGAUAGGUUUGCUCAAAAGCAACCCUCCUUGCCUCUCAAUUCUUUCAAUGUUCAUCGUUUGCUCAUAACAAGCGUCAUGGUUGCAGCCAAGUUUAUGGAUGACAUGUAUUACAACAAUGCGUACUAUGCAAAAGUAGGAGGAAUAAGCACAAUAGAGAUGAACUAUCUUGAAGUGGAUUUUCUAUUUGGAUUGGGAUUCCACCUAAAUGUGACCCCUAACACCUUCCACACAUACUGUUGCUACCUCCAAAGGGAGAUGAUGCUUCAACCUCCAAGCUUAGCUGAAUAUCCUCUCAACUUGGGCAGAUCUCUAAAGUUCCACUUGUGUUUCGACGACGACGAAGCAUCCCAUCAAAAUGAGCAACUUUCAAUAAAUAAACACUUGAUGUAGAUUUAGUUAUAGAGAAACCGACUCGCCUCAAGUCUCCUUUAUCAUUUUCUUAUGUGGUGAUUCACAGAAGAUCUGAGCCUUUCUUUUUUUUAAAAAAAAAAAAAAAAAAUCUAUUGUCUGGCUUUGGCUUAUUCAAAUUAUUUGGUAAUGUACAGAUGGGAUUAUCUUCUGUACAGUCUGGCUAUGAAAAUGUUAUUACAGUUUGUUUUUUUUUUUUGAAGAGGGUGGGGGGUGUGGAUACUACGGCUGAUACUUGUUCCACUCCAUUUUUGGAUUGUAAUUAUUUCUGAACUUUUGGGUUACCAUUGAAAUGCCGGACUCGACAGUGGCAUUAUGGGUAAGGGCGCUGGAAGAAAACAAUAAUUUACAGAGAAUUAGUACUCUUUUGUUCUCGUUAAUUAAGUAAUGACAAUUUCUUCUAUUUGACA